AGCCGCAUCGCCGCCCAUAAUGUCGCUUCUUGGGGGCGUUUGCCGGGAAAGUCACGUAGGACUUACUUGCGGUAAGGUUGGUGAAUUGUCCUGCAGGGUCUUCCUAGCGCAGUGCCCAUCGCUAAGCACCUCAGCCGGAUAAACUGGUGAUAGUCUGAUCGUAAAGUCAAACCACCGUUGAUCUCUACUUUUACAUUACUCUCACCUGCCGACGAUCCCAAGCCUCACCACCCUCAGGGUGCGCUUUCUUCUUUCUGCUUUCUUCACUUUCGCCUCUUCCCUCCGUGUCUUUCCCGGAGCAAACCUUUUUCCACACCUCUGGUUCCGGGUCGAUGAUGUCUUCCGCCUGUCCACACUGAAUCCCAUCAACUCUACCUCAUCAAUUAAUACAGCCAACGAAGCACGAUGGCGCGCGACAAGUUUGCAAGACAGUCCUUGGGAGCGGCGCAACGUUUGGUCAAGGAGUCCCGGGUUCUUCUCGUCGGCGCAGGCGGCAUUGGGUGCGAGCUCCUGAAGAAUCUCGUCCUUACAGGCUUCGGCGAAAUCCACAUCAUAGAUCUCGAUACCAUCGAUCUAAGCAACCUGAAUCGACAGUUCCUUUUCAGACAUGAACACAUCAAGAAACCGAAAUCCCUGGUCGCAAAAGAGGUGGCUCAAAAGUUCAAUCCUAAUGUCAAAUUGGUCGCAUAUCACGCAAAUAUCAAGGACAAGCAGUUCAACCUAGAAUGGUUCUCGAACUUCAACCUCGUAUUCAAUGCGCUGGACAAUAUGGAGGCGAGACGCCAUGUCAACAAGAUGUGUUUGGCUGUCGAUAUCCCGCUUAUCGAGUCCGGCACCACAGGCUUCAAAGGCCAAGUGCAGGUGAUCAAAAAAGGGAAGACCGCGUGCUACGACUGCACGCCAAAGACUACGCCGAUCUCAUAUCCUGUCUGUACGAUCCGCAGCACUCCCAGCCAACCCAUCCAUUGCAUUGUUUGGGCGAAGAGCUAUCUCCUUCCAGAACUCUUUGGCGUGAGCGAGGACGAAACGGCGGAUGUGGACCAGAGCGAAGAUUCGGAAAACGCUGCAGAAAUUGAGAAACUAAAGCAGGAGGCGCAAGCAUUGAAGAAAAUCAGAGACUCAAUGGGAUCGGACGACUUUGCGAAACUGGUGUUUGACAAGGUCUUCAAAGAGGAUAUCGAAAGACUGGCGAACAUGGAGGAUAUGUGGAAAGACAAGAAAGCGCCGGAACCUCUAUCUUAUGAAACCCUGGAACAGGAAGCCUCAGCCUUGGACAAGUCGGUUCUCUUAGCUGGUCAGCGUGUAUGGUCAACCCCAGAAAACUUCUUCGUGUUCAAGGACAGUCUGGCUCGGUUAGCCAAGAGACUGGCAGAAGAACAAGCAGCAGCUAUGAAAUCGGGUCAAUCAGCACCUACGAUAUCAUUCGACAAAGACGACGACGAUACGAUGGACUUGGUUGCUGCAGCAGGUAAUCUGCGCUCCAUAAUCUUUGGCAUCGAGCCCAAGUCAAAAUUUGACAUCAAGCAGAUGGCAGGCAAUAUCAUUCCCGCAAUUGCAACGACCAAUGCCAUGGUCGCAGGAUUGUGCGUCAUGCAAUCGUUCAAAGUGUUGAAGAGCGAAUAUGCUCGAACAAAAUGGCUGUGGCUGUGGAAUGGAGCUCUGAGUACUGAUCGGUUAGAAGCUCCAAACCCGGAAUGUGCUGUCUGCAGUGUAGCCAUGGCUAGAGUGCACGUCGACAUUGAGAAAGCUACCUUGAAUGACCUGGUUCACGACAUACUCCGGACAAAGCUGGGGUAUGGAGAGGAAAUAACAGUCUUGAGUGAGGCUGGUUUGAUCUAUGAUCCUGACCUGGAAGACAACCUAGAACAAAAGUUGACAGACCUGGGUAUUGGGGAUGCAAGCUUCCUUUUGGUCAAAGACGAAGAAGAUGAGAAACCCAGGAUCGAUCUGCAAUUGGCAAUUGAGGCAAUGAAGCCAACAGAUAAGACCAAAAGUGUUGAGCUCAUCGAGAGGGAAGGCGAGGCAUUCGACGUACCGCGGAGGCCGAAGAAAGAAGCUGCUGCGAACGGAAUCGAUGGUGAUGACGACGACGAUGUUGAGGUUACGAAUGGCGUCUCCGUUCCUGCACAGUCAACUGGCAAGCGGAAACGAGCACUUGAUGACGAAGACGCAACAAUUGAUGCUCCAGCAAAGAAAUUACAAGGACCCAUGGCGGCUGAAGUUGCCAAGAACUCAGAAAUACAUGCUAUUGUGAUUGAUGAGGAUGAUGGGACGCUUCUGAUCGCGGACGACGAUUAGCAGGUUGGCAAACUCGGCCGGAAUCAUCGUUCUGGCAAAUAAUCAUGAAACAAAGCUGCUGCUUGGGAUGUCACAUGAGCUUGGAACCAAGCUUCGAGUAGAGAUGUCCACCACAACACCUACUUCUCCAUCCCGUCAAUGAAGCGGGCUUCUGGGAAUGUCAGGAGCUCAGGGGCCCAGGCACCAGUCUUGUGCAGAAGAUGAGCAGCUACGCGGUGCGGAAUGAGCUGAGAUUCAAGAGCAGGCCACCAAGAAGGUGGUAGUGGGCAUGUAGGACUACGAGAUCAGAGCUGAAGAUCACGCGAGAUGAAGCCGACGAGUUAGGCGGAAGUAGGCAUGAUUUCUGCCACCUGAGAGAAGGGAAGGAUGCCUUGCUUUGAGAUACCACGCAACGUAACAGACGCAUACAGCUGAAUUUGAAGCGAUAGAGCCAGCGCCCACA